AUGGAGUUGACUAAAUUACAAGUGGCUCAUUGGAAGCCAGAAGCCUUUUCAAAUUUGUCUCAACUUAGUCUUCUCCAUAUUCGUAAUGUGGACCUUCCCGACGGCCUCACUUGUCUUUCUAAUUCCUUGAGACUCCUCGAAUGGACUGGGUAUCCCUUGAGAUCUCUCCCACAAAAUUUUGAAGCAGAUGAACUUAUUGAACUUAACUUGUGCCACAGCAACAUUGAACAGCUUUGGAAGGGAACAAAGAAUUUUGACAAGUUGAAGUUCAUCAAACUCUGCCAUUCUCAAAGCAUUGUGGAGACCCCAGACCUCGCAGGCGUUCAGAAUCUUGAUACUUUAGAUCUUGAAGGAUGUGAGAAUUUGACUGCAAAAGUCUCGAGAGUCUGCCAAGUAGAAUUGAAAUGGAAUCUCAAAGUGAGAGGUUCAAUCUUUCAUCGAUGCAAAGUAGUUUGGCGAUCUUUAAAAAAGGUCUUGCCUUCUGGAUUGGUGCAAAAAGUGAAUACAGAGCCAAAGAGUUUCCACUUGCCUAUAUCACAAAAAGUGAAUACAGAGCCAAAGAGUUUCCACUUGCCUAUAUCACAAACAGUGAAUACAGAGCCAAAGAGUUUCCCCUUGCCUAUAUCACAAAAAGUGAAUACAGAGCCAAUGAGUUUCUGCUUGCCUAUAUCUGGUCUGUGUAAUUUAACAUAUCUGAACCUGAGUAAUUGCAAUCUUGGUGAAGAAGCAUUUGCCAACGAAUUUGGUCACUUUCCCUCUUUGGUGACCUUGAAUCUAAGUGGAAACAAUUUUGUUCGUCUUCCUUCCGGCAUUGGAUUGCUUUCUAAGCUUGAGUACUUUAACUUGGAGAAUUGCAAGAGACUUCAAGAGUUGUCAGACCUUCCAUCAAAUAGUAUACUAGAUUUAAGGGCAGAUGGUUGUACUUCACUGAAAUACUUGUUUGAUGCAUCAAAUUUGAACAGAUUAAACAAAUCAUAUUUCAAUUUCAUCAAUUGCUUCAAUCUAAAUGGCAAUCAAGGAUGCAAUAACAUAGCAUUUGAAAUGCUGAAGACAUUCAUGUAUCAGGGAAUCUCUAAUAACAGGGAAACUUUCAAAUUUCGGGUUUUGGGAUUUGCUCUGUGUGCUGUUUUUGUACUCCAUAAACAACAUCGGGUGCAAAAGCUUUAUAUAGAUGAAUUCAAGACUUUUAAUGCAACACAUCAUCUUGUAUGUUGCCUGAAGCUCGAUGGAAGAGAAUUGGAAGUAUAUGGCAGACAGCCUGCAUUUCGCUUUAGUGAAGAAUUUUGCAAGGUUAAGUCAGAUCACCUGUGGCUAUUCUAUGUAUCUCGUGAUAAAUACUUUGGUACAGAGUGGUGGCAUAACAGUUGCAGUCAGUUUGAGUUCUUAUUUGAAACCCGGGGGCCAGGUCUGACGGUGAUGGAGUGUGGAGUCCGUCUGAUAUAUGAGCAAGAUGUGCAAGAGUUGAAACAAACAACCACUCAAUCAAGCAGUGGGAUGUCUCCUUAUGAGGAUAUAUUGAUUGGUUUUGACAUUGCAGUUGCAGGGGAAACCCGUGGCAGUGGUAGCAGAACUUGCACGCUUGAAGAAUUAUAG